AGUCCCGCGUUCCGUGAGUGGCAAAUGACCGUUGGAUUCCGGAGCAUUGCUCAUGUGUUAAUCUUCGAAACAGAUCUGGCAUCACAUUGCCGUUUCGAUUGUCGCAUCAUAUCAAUCAACGGCGCAGGGGAGCUCUGAUAACAUCGACAAUGGAGAUGCAAGCGCGCAAGGAGGUAGGGUUGGCGCAGGACCUGAUCCCACCCCUUCCGCCGCUCGCCGCUGCCCUCCACCGCCGUUUCUUCUCCUCCCACUGCGCUGGUUGCUUUAGGCCCCUUGAAUUCCCCUUCCCCUGCGCUGGCUGUCGGGGUGUCACCCACUACUGUGACGCCUCCUGCUGCGCAGCAGACUUCCCAGCCCACUAUUCCAGUGGUGAGUGUCAUUUCCUACGUCUCCACCAUGAAGGCGACUCCUCCGAUAUUCGUGCGGCCCUUCGCCUCCUUCACUUCUUGGAGUCCAUGGGGUCCCUCCCAUCCCCUUCACUCCCCGAGAGGCCGCGCCGGGUUGCCGGAUUGCUCGCCAGCGAUCUUGAUAAGGUGCUGGAAGAAGGAGGGGAGCUGGCGGAGAGGAUUACGGAGGGAGCCACGCUGAUGUCGGUCGCGAGGGAUCGUGAUCGAUCGCAGGUGACCGGCGGCCAGGAGGCUGUCACGACGGAGGAGGUGCUCUGGGCAGUGAUAACGAACGCUGUGGAGGUGCACGUUAACGAGGUCGGCGCACUAGGGGUCGCCGUCUUUGGGCCGGGCUUCUCUUGGUUCAACCACAGUUGCAUGCCCAACGCCUGCUACAGAUUCGAGUUGGCUCAGAGAUCCGGUGGAUGCGGAGCAUAUGAGCUGGAAUCGUUUCUCGUAUCGCCUGCUGCAGCUGGACUGGCAACGGAAUCGUUCAAUGCAUGGAUUUCUGGUGAAAACAAAUUGGCCCAUGGAUUUUCUAAUAUUGGGCCAAGAGUAAUAGUCAGGAGCAUAAAGCCAAUACAAAAGGACGAGGAGGUUUGCAUCACUUAUAUCGACUUACUGGAACCUAAGGUUAGGAGACAUGCUGACUUAUUGGAAAAAUAUAGAUUUGUUUGCUGCUGUGGGCGAUGUAGGGUAGCAUCUGAGAUGUAUAUGGAUUUUGUUCUGAAUUGUGAUGCUAGGGAAUUGAGCUUUAACAACUAUAGCAAUAGCACGUAUCCCAAUUGUGAAGAGCUUGCUGAUUUAUUCGACCAAGCUAUGGAUGAGUACAGAUUACAUGAGAAUCCUGAAGCUUGCAGUAAGAAACUUGAAAGCAUGCUUUACAGAAGCUCUGUGGACCAAGAGUCUCAAGCUGGAGAGAAAUUCAAAUUACAUCCCCUUCAUCAUCUUUCCCUUAAUAGCUACAUCACACUUGCUUCUGCAUAUCGAGCACAGGUGUUCUCUAUGGAUGAAAGCAAUAAUACUGAGUGCCUCAAGUUGGAAAGAGCUGCUGUUUCAUACACUUUGCUGCUUGCUGGAGUUGUCCAUCACUUGUUCUUGUCUGAACCCUCCCUAAUAGCAGUCACUGCACAUUUCCUUAUAAAUGCAGCUGAAUCUAUCCUUGUGCUUCUUAGACUUCCAGAAUGGUCUUUUGAUAAAAAACUUUGCAAAUCAGAGAUUGACUUGAUUAUAUGUCACUAUCCGAAAGACAUGAUGGAAUUUUCAUUGGAUAAGUGCAGGGAUGCAUCAAUGAGGUUUCUCGGAUCGGUUUCACAAAUCUUAUUCAAAACUUGGCCUUACCUUACUCAAGAUUUAACAAACUUGAAAAAUAUUGACAGCCCUGUAAAUUUCAAUUGGCUCGGGUCUAAAGUGUUAAAUCCUCAGUGUUUUGCUAGCCAUAGAGAGUUAUCUGACUUCAUUGAGAAAGAAUGUGUUGAAGAUAGAUAUCUUGGGCAUAGAUUGAUCAAAGACCAAAACACAAGAUUAUUUCAGCUAGCUCUUCAUUGCUUCAUUUAUGGUAGAUAUCUUGCAAGCAUAUGCUAUGGACCAGAAUGCUAUUUGGUACAUCAUGCAGAAAAUAUACUUCAUGGUCUUUGUAAACAUCUUUUGACCAAACACAGCUAGUAUCUUUCACAAUGUCUAUUGGUUUUAUUCUCAACUGAAGACGUUGCAACAGUGUGAUUCAAACUGGCAUUCCACAUUCCUUUUCUUUUUGUACACAUCUGGGUUGAUUGCCAUUUUAUGCUCUAAUCCAAAUCUGAAGUGAGGAUGACAAUCAAUGAUCCGGUGGUUCAUUCAGAGAAUAUGUUUUUCUGUACAUUUCAUUGCUUUUGAUCAAUGGUUCUGCUUUCUGAUCAAUGCACCCUUUUGGUGUUCCUUUCUAAAUCACUUUUCUCAGAACCUUUAAGAUGGAUAUGCUACUCGGCGGUAAUGACUAGGCUCUGCUAGUCUAAUUGAUGAAGUAUCACCAUCCUGAUGUCAUUUAUCACUUUUGUGACCGUUUUUUUAUUUUAGCUCCCAUUUUGACUGGAAUAAGUUCAAGUUCAUAAGUUUGAUAGGUCAACUGAUGCUCUAGCUUAGCUUUUUGGGUCCAAAUCAGGCAAUUAUGUUGUGCUGAAGGAUACAUCUGUAUGAUGAAUCACACUCUCAUUAUGUUGUGCUUCUCAUAAGAAGGAUACGUGCCAUUCAUUUUAUUUUCAAAAAUUUCUUGAGGAUGUGUAGGUUGCAUUGGUUGUUAUUAAAAGAAGUUCGAUUUUAUUCAUCCCAGCUAGAGAAAAUUGCAUGUAGUGAUUAUCAGUACUUUCUCACUGUAUUGAUUAAAUCACUCUUGGACUUUAUGGAUUGUAUAUUGAUGUUCCUUGGAAAGGAAGUGAGUUUGAUUGUCAUUCUG